AUGUUUAGCGGGGCGGUGGGGGUCAAAGUGAUGAGGUAAGUGGUCAAAAAGUUACGAGGUCCAAAAUAUAGAUUAAGUCUAUAAUUUCGAGGUAAGGUAAUUCAAAGGCGAUUUGUUUUUUUUGCAGAAUUAACCUGAAUGCUCUUAAGUACAAUUGGAUUUAAUUUUUGCAACAGACUUUUUUUAAAAAUUUCUUUGAACUUUGAAUUUAGUUUUUUUGAUGAAUUUGGAUUUUAAAAUUAAUUUCUUUUUGUAACUCGUACUAGUUAAAAACUGUUGAGUUAAAACUUGAAUAAGGGGAAAAAAAUGAAUAAGGAAUAAAAGAUUUAACAACGUGUCAAUUUUAAAAUUUUUAAAAUUUGUGCACCGGUGCGAAAGAGUGUUUACAUUUUUCGCGGUUACUGUAAACUGACCCCGUCUAAAUUUCGAAUUAUAAAGCAAAUUUGACAUUUUCUCAAUUGAACUUUAGUUAACUAGAGUUAGUUAGCUAGCUUUUCUGUCGAACUCAAAAAAUGCGGAGAUUAAAGGUUUGAUAUAUUGGACUCAGAGUCGAUCUCUUUUCCUCUGCAUUUUUCAAAAGAUGAGCUCGAAAAAAAGACUUCCAAUCAGGAGUAAAAAUGCUUCCCUCAUGAAAAUUGUCACUUUCGUUUCACUUCUCUUCCAUUUUGAGCAUUUCAGAUUGCUCAAAAAGCUCCUUGACACUGACGGAUGAUCUCUAUGGAGCGAAUUUCACGACCGUUAAUGGCCAACCAGGAAAAUGCACUAUCAAGGUCCCAUCAAACCGAAAAUUAGUAUAAAAUACAGGAAAUAUUUCAGAUUUCUAUGGAAGUCGUUUAUUUGAAGCCCCGGAUCCUAUUGGGGGCUGUGGGUGGCAAUGAUUACAUAAAAGUGACCCAAAAUACUCCUUAUCGCAACUUGGUUUACACGUAAGUUAUGCCGUGCGUUAAAGUAAAAAUAAAUUGAAAAUGAAAAGUUCAGGUUGAAUGCGGACAAUUCAACCAGCUACAACUUGCCCUUGGCCCCGGCUGAUUUUUCAAUUGAAAUAUCGAUUUCUGAUCCCAAUUACGUCAUUAUCAUUCAUUCUGAAACAUGUUGGUCUUUUUCGAAAAUUUGAAGUUUCCCAUUCGCCGUGAAAUUGAAAUAUUCUGACUUCUCUGUGCUCUCUUGGCUUCUGUAUACAUGUUCCUAUGAUCUAGUCAGCGAGGGAAAGGAGAGAGGAGAGCGCAGACAAGAUUUUUCCAAGUUCUGUCAAAAAAAAGAAAAAAAAUGAGCUGAAAUUCUUUUAAACGAUUCAGUUUGUACAAUCUAGUGAUAAUCGCGUUUUCAAAGUUCGAUUUUUCCUUAUCUUUCAAUAAUAAUUUAUUCACUGCCAUUUUCACUGUAAUCAGUAAAAAAAAAAUUUAUCCGAAAAAUCAGCCAUAAAACGCACGGAUUAGCCCUUCGUUGACCGCAUCAUUUAUGCCUCAUCGAGAUUGAUAUUAUCAAAAAAGUUUUCACUUGCUCUCUCACUGAGGUAGGAGAGAGUAUAAGUUAGAGACUGCAGAAAACUCUGAGCUUUUCAAUUUUGGAUGAGUUAAAGAGAGAAUUUUCUCGAAAUUCACGAAACAUUUUUUCAGUUGCUCCAACGGAAGAAAGUGUGACGGCGGUAGCUCAGCCGCUGGCGACGGUGGUCCAAGCCAAAACCUUGACCUCCAGAAAAAUUCUGACUUUCACGGCUGACGUGCCUCUGUCGAUUCGCUACGCUGACUUUGGGAGUUCCGCAAUUCUGGCCGACGCCUUCAAUAGCAUGUUCGUCUACGAAGGCUUCAACUACCUGGGAAGGUGGGAAGUCGAUGAUUUCUGAUAGGAUUCUGAUGUGAAUUAUUUAUGAAUGGCAUCAAGAUUCGGAGGGAUUUUUUCAUUAAAACUUGAGAUUUACACCUUUUUGAAAGAAGGGAAUUUUGGGAAAAUCAAAAAUAUAUUUUUUAUCUCAAACUUCCACGGACUCUAGUAACGGAAACUGGUCGAUUCUGAGCAUUUCAAGUGAUCACUUAAGAAUGCUGACGCCGCUGAAGUGAUCCCUGGACAUACUCAGAAAAGUCCGUGUUGCGUCUGGUUCCCGGCACCGAGAACAGAGUGGUCGUAGUCCUUCGAAAUAAAAUUCGAUAGUAUCGUGUUUUCAGUAUGAACGAUGUGAUCAACUGUCCGUCGGACAAGCCGAUCACCAGCCAGGGGAAAUCUCUGAGCUUCAUCAACGCCGCUGGCGGCAACUUCAGUGGCUACGGGAUCGUCAUCAGUCAACCCAACAGUUAGUUUUUGGAGGUAUAGCCGGUUCAGGCUUGGGGCUUCUUUGCUCUUUCCACCAAUCGGGCUCUUUUUUUUCGUCUCAAGACCCUUUUUCCGAUGAAUCAAGCCUAUGAACUGUAAAUUUUUGUAAAUCACACUUUUAUUUCUACUUCUUAACCAAACUAUUCCCACUAUGUGCAUUUUUCACUCGGAUUCCGAAUAUAUCUAAAAUUUUCCAAGGACUACUUGGAGAGGACUCUAAAGUGGCCACUAUUUUUCGUUUUAGUGGCCACUUCAGUAGUUUUCCAUCCAGUAUUCCUUCCAGCAACUUUAAUAAUUUUAAAACAAAAAGAUCGGACCAGUUAUGUUGAUCCAUUGACCCCUAAAGUGGCCACUAAAAUUUUUAGUGGUCUAUUAGUAGCACUUAGACCGCUAUAGUGGCCACUAAAUUUUAACCCCUUAAGCAACUACUAAUUUGAUUACUAUAGUGACCGCUAAAACGUCAAAACCCUAUAGUGGCCACCAAAAGUUUUUCCAGGUGCUUGAAACUCGCCACUCAAAGAUGCAAAUAGUCGGCUAAAAGAGUCUCUAGAACGUUUAAAAAUAUUUUUCAGGUUUGACGAACAAUGUAGUGAUAAUGCAACUGCCAAACGUUGCCUUGAACACGAUCCAACACAGUUUGGUCCUGAAUCCCGGAGAAGACAAGAAACUUUUCCAGUGGGUCGGAAACGAUUAUUACACAUCCAUACAAACCAAUUACCUCGUCGAUUACAAUUUUGUGAGCUUUUGAAGUUUCUGCGGAAAGAAUCGGCUGUUUUUAGAAAUCGGCUGCUGCGAAAUUGACAAUUUAUGCGGGUUGUUUGACUCAAGCCGUGGAGAGUUUGAGGAUCGCCACUAUUACGUUUGUUUUUUUGUGUAUUGCAAAUCUUUAGAAAAAAUAAGGAAGGUUACCUCUUUUGCAAUAAGAAGAGCUUCACUGUGAAAAACUUCGAUGGCCACUUAAGAGGCUUUUUGAAGAUAACUUGGCACUAAAACCGCCUCUAGAGUGGCCUCUUUAGUGAUCCAGUGAUACCAUUCACGCUUUUAAAGAGGCCACUUAAUUCUAGCCAUUCAAGGGGCCAUCUAUUUGAUUACUAUAGUGGCCACUAAAACACUACUGAAAUUGUCCUAGUUGCUUGUGGCUCUAAGGGGCGUGGCCUGUCUGCACUCUCCACCAACCAGGCACUCUUUUUUGGAGUGAAGCCUUCUUUUUUAAUGAUGACCUAGACUAGCCAGUUUCAAGUUGUGUAUAAUCAGCUUUUUCGGAAAAAAUGAGUUCGAAAAUCAAUUUUCUUGAAUUUAGAAACGACACGGCCGAAGAUUUCACGAAUUUGGCGCUCCAAGGCGAUUGUCGGACCUACCUGCUCGAACAGGGAUCCGUCUCCGUUAUUACUAGAUAUUCAUGUUAGUAUUUUCCGAAGCAAAGGCAUUUCGAAAACAAAAAGUUGCAACAAAAUUCACCAAUUGAAAUUUUUUCUGAGGCUUUGAAGAUAGAUUGAAUGAAAUCGAGAUUUUAUUAAUGAUUAUUGAUUUUUUAACGAAUUUUCCUAGAAGGUACUACCAAUAUUAGACUAUUCAGUAAAAGAAAAACCCUGUGAAUCUCGAUUUUUUUGGUCUAAAAAAAAUAUUUUGUAUGUCAAUAUAUGUCAAGGGAGAGGCUCAAAAAGGCCGCAAAAAGGUCGCAAAAAGGCAGCAAAAAGGCAGCAAAAAGGCUGCUAAAAGGCAGCAAAAAGGCUGCUAAAAGGCCGCGAAAAGGCCGCAAAAAAGCCGCAAAAAAGCAGCAAAAAGACUGCUGAAAGGCAGCAAAAAGGCUGCUAAAAGGCCGCGAAAAGGUCGCAAAAAAGCCGCAAAAAAGCAGCAAAAAGACUGCUAAAAGGCCGCAAAAAAGGCCGCAAAAAGGCAGCAAAAAGGCUGCUAAAAGGCCGCAAAAAGGUCGCAAAAAAGCCGCAAAAAAGCAGCAAAAAAAGCAGCAAAAAGAGUCCCUUUAUCGAGCCUUUCAUUUUUCUGAGACUCUAAAGGCUCAAGAAAUGGUGGAAAAAGGGAGAGGCAGCAAAAAUGGUGCAAAACUGAAACAAAAAGGCAGCAAAAAGGGAACCUUUUUUCACCCUUUCCGACUUUGUCUAUGUAUCUUAUUCAAACAACUCCUCUCAUUAAUUCCGCAUGGUCUUACAAAACUCUAUCACGAAAAAUGUCUUUUUACAUCGAAUUUCGAAUAAAUCUGAACGAUUCCAGACGAGACAGUCCUCUACAAGUACCCCAACGGUCACAAAGGAGCCAUAAUGUCGUCGUAUUUGACGGAAUCGCCGUCGACGGACGAGUCCCGCAAUUACCUGAUCCAACCGGCCGACAACUCCGCCGUUACUGUAACCUACGACUUUGUGACUUUCGAUCCGACGUCACCUUUCUCGCCGAGUCUCACCGUCACCGACUACCGUAGCAAGCAACCCGAGAAAAAUACGACGUGAGUAUUGCCCAUUCGGCGGCAGCUUGUCACGAUUUUUUCUUAAGAAACUUGCGGCCUGUUUCUGCGCAUGCGCCUUGAAUAUAAAGGGGUUUUCUCUGCAUGCGCCUUUAAUAUAACUGGAAUUUCCUCCAUUCAUACGCCUUUAAUCUAUCGGGUAUUUUCUCUGUCCAUGCGCCUUUAAUAUAUAGCUGAUUCACGGCUGGCUUGAGCCAUCGAGAAAAGGGUCCUGCCACGAAAAGAGACGAGACAGUGCCCUGGUUGGUGGAGAUUGCAGGCAUGCCACGCCUUUUUGCGUCCCAAGCUAGCCGUGAAUCGUUUAUAACAGGAGUUUUCUCUGUGCACGCGCCUUUAAUAUAACUGAAAUUUUUAAGCUCUAUUAAAGGCGCAUGUACAGAGCUAGGCUUCGUCUAUCCAAUAAUGGGUUCUGUAGCUCCAAUUCAAUAUAAAAAUCGUAGAAAAGAGACUUAGAAUUGGGUACAAGGAAAAAUGAGGUUUGAAUGAAGAGAGCUGUCUUUGAAAACUUCUACUUUUUAAAAAUUCAUUUGAAACGCAGGCUUGUUCAGCGUAGGUUGAAGUUAGGUUUUGAUUUUUAAAGCAAAAGUAUAGAAAAAAAAUCCAGUAAUAUAACUUCCCAAAAGAUGUGCUCAACAGCAAAAGUUCACAUUCUUUGAACUCGACAUUCGGAUUUUCGAAAAAUUUUCAAUUUUGAAGUUUUUUUUAGUUACAUCGGCUCUGUCCCGACAACAGUUACAAUUGGACCAUCAUAUCAACAAUUUAUCGUCUUGAAAGUUCCUCCAAAAUCGAAAGGGUUGUUGGUUCGGUUCUCGGUCAAGACCAGCAGCGCUUCAGGUUAUUUUUGCUUUUUUAAAAUUGAUAAUGGAUUCAGAAGAAGAUUACUCAUUUUUUUAUCUUUUUACAUUUCAAAAAGCUACCAUGAAAAGCUCAUUACAAAUUUCAUUUCAUCAAUUCAUUUUUUUCAGGUCUUCUGUGCUGUUCAAUGUUUCUGCUGGCGUUGGUAAUCUCCUACCUCUACGUGUAAUCUUUUUCGGAACAUUUUUACUUUUUGAAGAGCUUAUUGUCUUUUCUUCAUUUUUUAAUAAUAAAGGACUAAUAAAGAAUUUCAAAAAUGUUCCAUUUUCUGGAUCCAGAAGGUUAUUUUCUUAUACUAUAAGGGUCCUGACAGACAGGCCAUGCUCUUUUUGCCGCAAUGUCGCUGUGAAUCGGCUAUAGCUCAUUCACAACUGGCUUGAACCAACGACAAAAGGGUCCUGCCACGAAAAGAGAAGAGACAGUGCCUGGUUGGUGGAGAGUGCAGACAGGCUACGCCCUUUUCGCCCCGAGGUAUAGUCUGUUCAAAUUUUGAAUUUCAAGUCGCCGCUCAAGCUCCGCCUUCUAAUGGCGCGACAAACCAAUCAGAGAGCGAGCCAUCCACAGAGCGUUUUCGAAUAACGUCAUUGCACUUGACAUUCAAAGUCUGAACAGACUAUAACCGUGAAAGCUAGAAAACUAUUUCAGAACCCUCCAAAAGCUCAGAGCCCAUUCACGUAAACUACAGUUCCGUUUUUAUCAAAUGAAUCACCUAUAGGUGUCAAGUAUUCAAGUCAUUUCGAAAUAGUUGAUGAGUGGAACUGUACCCGGGAUUUCUUUAAAACACAAACUAAUUCCCUAAUAAAGCAAUCAUUAAGCCUACAAACUAUAAGAAUUCGUUUCGAGGGACAUGACAAAAUACAAAGUAAACACUCUUAUCGUCACUCUCCCCCCUUCAAGUAAGCGCUAUUUUCCAAUUUUUAUCAAUUCUUUUUUUUCCAUGCAGACUAUUCUGUUUGCCGUUUUUGGGCUUUUGAUCGCAAGAGCUUCGGCUGAAAGUUCCUUCGGUUGGUUUUUUUUUUUUGAAAAAUGCAUUAAAUUUUCAGUUUCUUAUGCCCUGUUAAAAGCGGUUUCACAAAAUUCGGAAUAACAAUUAGAGAGUGAAAAAGAUAAUUUAAUUUCGAAGAGUCAGAAACUAUUUUGCAUUUCGCGGAAAGUACUUCAAACACGGAUUUGUAGGUAGAAAUUUUUUUUUUCACUGGAAGCUAGGGAAGUUGUAUUCAAACGAAUUUCGCUUUUACUUUUGAAAAAAAGCCAAUAAGCUUUCCAGAAAUAUUCAUUUUGACAAUUCUUAUUGUUGGUUUUUUUCAAAUAUUUUUCUCUUACAAAUAAUUCAAAAUCCUUCCGAAGCUGGGAAAAUUUUCGAAUUUGUAGAAAACACUAGAAAUAGCACCAAAAGUUAUUCCAAUUUUUUUCUUCGAAAAAACGGCGGUUUAAAUAAAAGAAGGCAAAAAAAAGGUCGGAAAAAGUUUCAUCGCCUUUUUAGUAGUAUGCAUACACGGUGAUAUACACCGCCCGCGAUUUUGCGGCCUUUGAUUUUUUCGCCAACGAAAAUUCCGCUAAUCUUGUUCCCAUAACACCGGAAAAAAACCCGAUAAACAAUCAGUAAAUGAAAAAAGAAACGGUUUUUGUACGAAAGAGGUAAAAAAAGUAAUAUGCGAAGUUGUUACUUUUUUUCGUAGAAAAAUACUUACUUUCCUUUUUUUUAAAUUACUAAGUUCCAGAUUGCACCACCAAGGAAAUCACAUUGAAUGAUCGCUUAAUAGGUCAUAGUUUCACCAACACUAAGGGAACCACCGCAAAAUGUACAGUCAAGGUAGGAAAUUUAUAUUUUUUGAUCGAAAUAUUCUUUUUAGGUGACCCUGGGAGCGGAUUAUUUGAAGCCAAGCCUUUCAAUUCCAAAUCUGAAAGGCGCUGACUAUAUCCUGUUCAUUCAGAACACGCCCUAUAGAAAUUUGACCUUUUGGUGAGAUUUUCUUGAUGUUAUAGCCCAUCCCACGACAGUUUGUUCAAAUUUUUUUUGUCGGUCAAAAAUACAGUAUACCAAAUUUAACAUAAAAUUUCUUUAAGACCUUUUUUCUGUAUUUUUUUGCCGUUUUGUAUAGAAAAUCUGCGAAAUAACUGUGUUUACGGUAACUUUUUUCGCUGUGCUUCAGAAACAUUCGGUGCCACACAUUAUAUUCAAUUCGAAUAAUAAUUUCAGGUAUAACAGCACGAAAAUUCCCGAUGACCUCGGAAUGCUCGCUCCCGCUGACUUUUCUUUGGAAAUCUCAAUUUCCGACCCCGGCUAUUCUUUCGUGGUCCAGGCGAAAAGUUGUAAGUUUUCAUAUUUUCAUCAGAUGUUGCAUGGAAAACAUUUUCGGUACUAAGAAGCUUUGGUUAAGUUUCCAAAAAAGUGAGCUUUCAAAAUGAUUUUGGCUGUAUAGAACUUCUACAUUUCCAAAAAAAAUUCGUUAUCUUUUUUGGUUAAAAACAUUUUAUGAAAAAAAAUAAAUUUGGCGAGAUAGAAACGGGUUGUUGUAGUUGAGAUUGUUUAAGUUAAAUAAAUCAUUAUUGAAUCCAUUGGAUCAAGGCAUUUUUUAAAAUUUCGAUGCCGAUAUCAAAUAAUUUAUGAACUUUUUGUGUUUUGAUGUUUAUCCCAUAACAGUAUUUCGAAGAAAGACUCGCUUUCUUCUCACUAAACUGACCAGAAUGAAAAAAAUAAAAAUUUAUUUUUCUAGGAAAAAAAUAAUUUUCAUAGGAUUUCCUGAAAUGAAUAUUUUUUUCGCUUUGAAAAAAAUGAGAAAAAUUAAACGAGAAAUUGUGAUUUUUUUGUAAAUUUGUAAACGAGGUUUUUUUCUGAUGAGUUUCAUAAAGGAUGUGGAAAGUGAGCAGAAAGGAUGGAAAAAGAAAUAAUUCCGAAGUCAUUUUUUUAAAGUGUCAGUAUGUAUCCUUUCACAUUUGCCAGUUAAGAUCAUAGAAAUCUUCAAAAAUAAAUUUAAAAAAAUUUUGCAGUCGCGCCAACCUACUCAGUAUCAUAUGAUGUGAAGAUUCCACGUGCAACGGUAGUCCAUUCGGAACUUUUGGUUCCAAGAAAGUUGAUCACGUUCAUUUCCAACACGGGAGCGCCGUUGUCGAUUCGAUUCGCCAAUCUCGGAUUCCAAUUCCCCACCUCCUUGUGGAAUAUGUACGUCUACGAGGAGAAGACCUACCUUGGAAGGUUUGUGGAAUUGGAAAAUCCCUUCUUUUGGUGGACUUGCCGUCCGUUUUCUGCGACUUGAAUGAUGUAGUUUAUCUGCGCCCUCCUCGUCCCUCAGUGACCCUCUCAUGUUGACACGCUGUUUUCACGUUUUUCUGACCGCUGAGAGAACAGAGAGACGCAGACGCUCUAAAAAUAUUGACUUGAAAAAAGGCCGCAUUUGGAAUGGCUUGAUGCGUUGCUUUCGCUGAUGAAGUCCAUUUUUUAUUCAACAGCUUUUCAAGUCUUUUCUAGACUCAAAAACUCUUGAAUAUUAAUAUCUAAUCGAAAAUCCUAGAUUUUUGAUAAACUAGGGUCAUUCCGAAGACCUAGAACAUUUUUAGGAAUUUUCCAUUCGCUUUUUUUAUUAAAAAAAUCUCUUUCUGAACUUUUUUUAUGUCUAGAAACGUUCUUAGCGAGAAAUCUAACCAGAAGCUUUGACAAAAUCAGUUUUUUUUUACUUUUUUAGUCUUUCUAAAUUUGGUUUCGAUUCAGAAUUUUGCUUGAAAACUCUCCCAUGUCCUGAAAAUCGUUCAAAAAAGUUUAAAAUUAAAAUAUCUGGGAUUUUGAUAGCACUAGAAUUAUUUGAUGAUUAAUGCCCUUUUUAGUCCCUUUUGACAUAGUUUUCAAGGCGGAAUUUUGUUUCCCACGGCGUUUUUCUUGAUGGAAAAAAAAAAAUGCGAAACCAAUAAAGUGGGCGGAGUCAAAAUAUUAAGACGAAUCGAAAUCUCUCUACAUAAACGCAAUUUUCUGCGCGAAAGCGGCGCAGUGCAUGCACACGACACACGACACUUCACGGAGAAAAAGUGGGCGUGGCGUCGUCGAAAAAAUGCCGUGUUCCCUUUCUCAAAUCAAAAAUUUAAACCAAGAGUUUAGUAAAUAUGAAAAGUUAGAAUCAACCGAAAAAUCACAGAUUUUUCAGUCUCUUCGAAGUUUUGUUGGCCCCUCAUUCGCAGCCACUAAAAAGCAAUGGAACAAAUUUGAGCUUCAUCAACGGCGAUCAGAGCAGUUUCACUAGCUUCGCCAUCGUCGUCGCGCAACCUUACGGUACCCUAACUACAGUAAUCCAGAUACUGUAGGCUGUUUUGAAGGGUUCCCGGAAGACGUUGAAAUCCGCAAGAUUCCGUCGGAAAAGCCGGGAAUUCAACAGGAAAUUUGUCGUCCUGUGGAAACGAGCAAAGUUUUCCACUUCAUUGGCGGAGAUUUCUUCGAUGCAACCAAGCCAAACGUCUUGACAGGCUUCCAAUUCGUCAGUUUAUCGACUUUUUUGGAAUUGCUUUGUAGGAAACGAAGAAAAGAGUUGAAAAAUAUUGAACUUGCUUAAAAAUUUCAAAGAAGAUACGCUUUUUUUCGUGGAAACUUUGACUUUAGGUGUCUGAUUUUUUUCUUAUCACUGAAAAAAAUUAUUUCAAAAAAACGAUUUUUCUUGUGCAUUUUUCCUGUAGAUUUUUUUGUUCUGUUUUUGGGGCUCUUUUUUUGGAUUUUAUUCCUUUAUAGAGGAUAUUCCAAAAUUUGAAGGCAUUCGAAAGGUUAAAAGGUAAUAAAAGAAUCAUAUUUUCAAAGAUUUAGAAAAAAAAACAGUUUUUAUAUCAAAUAUUCAUUCAAAUCUGAGGUGAAAUAUUUCUUAUUGACGGAAAUUUGAUUAGCAAAAAUUUUUAGGGGGGUUCUUUUUUCACAUAGAACCGUCUGGUACCCUCAAAACCCAUUACUGAUCUGAAAAUAUCGAUUUGUCCUAUAUUUCCGUCAAAUUUGUCUUCCUGAACUUCAAAAUUUCAUCUUUGUGCUCUAACUAGAACAAGGAAAGAAAAUCGGAUAGAUAAAAACGGAGUUUUCAGAGUUCCGAUUUCGCCUCUCUGACCAUUUACGCUGGUUGUAUCACCCAACCGACGGAGAGUUUGAGAAUCGCGACUAUAAAGUAAAAUUCCGAAUCAUUCUCUAUUUAAAAUAACCUUUUCAGCCCCAUGAAUGCCAAAAACUUCACAAAUCUGGCCCUUCACGGCGAUUGUCGCACUUAUUUCGUUGAGAAGGGUACUGUCACCGUCUCCGCCAAUUUUUCAGGUUCUUAGGAAAACAAUUCUUGAGUCAAAUGAAUCUAUCAAAUUCAGACCCGGGAACUGAUUCGAAAGUUUUCGAUGGACAAAAAGGAGCUUUAAUGUCGUCGUAUUUGACGGAGCCGCCAAGUAAAAUUGAAGAAAGUACUGUUGUUCUGCAGCCUGCAGGUAACUGAAACUGAGGGAGAUUUUAUCACCUUUUGGAAAAAAUUUUUGGUCAGGAAAUUUCGAAAAAUGCUCAAAAGGUUGAUAGAAAACAAAGUUAGCGGAAAAUAGCUGCAUAAAAUAGCUUCGAUGAAUAUUUUAGCUUGUAAAUACGGUAAAGUCAAGAAAGGUACGAACAAAAAUUUCGCUUCCAACUGCUCGUAGAGUUCAAUUUUUUUUUUGAACUUGUUAAACUGAGUUUUUUUUUUCUGCGUGCUGAUGUCUAUGCGCGCAAAUCGUUUUAAGUCGGACGCGUUUCAAAAGAGCUGCAAAACCGAGUCAUUCCAAGUGCGACCAUGAAAUCCCGAAUGAAGAAUAUGUUUUAAAAAAAUAGGAAAAAUUCGUUAAAAUUAUAAGAGGAUAAUUUCAUUUUUUUUUUUCUUGAAGUUAAGCUUAAAGCAUUGUAAAGAAAUAUUGAUUUUUUUACCUGCUUAUUUGUGGUCGCGUGGCGAAUGGCUCGAAGCGUCGCGGUUCGAACAGAUUGGGCUUUAUUGUUUUCUGACGUCUAGGCGCGCAAGUCGUUUUAAGUCGGACGCGUUUCAAAAGAGCCGUUUCAAAGCCGAGCCAUUCCAAGUGCGACCAUAGAACUUUAAGUUGAAAAGGGCAGAGCAUAUUGUAAAUCUUUAAAAAUUAAGAAUAACUUGUUGAAGUUAGAUUUUUCCAGCAAUAGAUUAUUUUUGCAAGAAAGAAGAAAUCACCCACUAUUGAUGAGAAUCAUCCUAGAAAUAUGUUAUAUCACUGAAACGUAUUCAAAUUUGGGACCGCAAAGCUCCGCCCACUUUUUUUCUUUUUUUGAUCUGCUCGGUUUUUUUCAGGUUAUCAAUCAAAAAAGGGGGUUUUUUUAAUAAAAAAAGUAUCACGAUUUUCAACUCAAAACUGGACAAAAAAACACUCAGAUACAAAUUUUUUUCGAAAAAAAUCGAGGUCCCUGGUUUUUUUCUUAUUUUUUUCCAAUCUUUAGAAAGUAAAAAGGAGAAGAAAAAAAAUGAGAACCUAAAAUUUUACAGUGUGUAGAAAAUCAUUGUAAUAAAUUUUUCCUUUCCGAAAAAUGGUUAGAUUUUUUUCGAAAUUUGAUUUCUCAGAAGGACGAAAAAAAUCAACGUCACCUACGAUUUUGCCCUUUUCGAUGGGAGUUCGGCUGGUUUGAUCCUCACAGUUUCGGAUUAUCGAAGCCAAACCGACAUCAGAAAUACAACGUAAAAUAAUUUUUCCUUUCGAAAAAAAAAGAAAAAAUUUAGAUACACUUCUGCAAAUGUCCCUAAAUCAGUAACGAUUGGACCUUCUUCCAAACAAUCUAUUUAUUAUUCUGUUCCGAUGAAUUGUAACGGGUUUUUUGGUGAGGUAUUCGGCUUCUGUUGGCGACGUCCAAGGGGCUUCAGGUAGGAGACUUUUUGAAAAAAAGAGUAAGAAAGUAUUUUUUUCAGGAUAGCUUGGAAAACAUCUAAAAAUCAACUAUUUUUCAGGAACGAAGAGUUUGGCCUCUGUUAUUAUCGGGCUGGUUUCCUCAGCCUUGUGGUUUUUUUGAGUAACUGA